GUCCGAAGCGAAGGCCGGGGGGGGGGGGGGGGCCCGGGCCCGGACGGCCGAAGAAGGAAAGAGGGCGCGCCGGGGUGGUGUGAUUGUGACUGACGAUUACUUACUUACUACGUCCGAGGUUACUGCGUACUAGGUUACUGCGUACGCGUUUUGGCGAACACCCACCCACCUACCUACCUGGUUGCCCGACUGCCGAGUGUCUGCUGCGUGGAGACAGCCUAACUAUGGCAAUGACGAUGGCGUCACGGCGACGCGUGGAGGGUUGUGGCUACGUUUUUUCUUCUAAGGGAGAGCGAGAUUUGGAGUUUUAUUGGCGCGAUAGGAGAGAUGAUGGGGUUGGCGUUGUGGGCUUGUUGGUUGGUUGGUUGGUUGGUUGCUUGUUUUCUUGCUUUGAUUGCUUGGUUGCUUUAAGUAGAGAGACAGAGGUUAGAGUCGUGCGCGCGGGGGAGAGAGAGAGGGGUUGGUUGGGGAGAGGAUUUAUGGAGCAGAAGCAGAGAGAGAUAGCCUGCUAACUGCGCAAGCGAGCGAAUGAAUGAUUGAAAGAUUUACGUAUACACGAGGAGUAGGAGUAAG